AACUGAAGAAUCAGAGCUCCUCAGACGCGGCUGCGGCUGGCCCCAAGCGUCUGCGCGACGGGCCCGCCAGCCAAUCUGCUCGGCGCUUUCCGGCUGUUGCCCUUUGACCCCGCGCCUCCAGGGCGGCGGGCGGGAGGUGUACGGCUCCGAGCCUGGGGGUCCGGGGCUGGUGUGGCCUGUAAUGCCUCCUCUCUAGUUUGAUCUAGCUAAACAUUUACCUUUUUGGAGUUUAAAGUAUGUCAUCAUGGCAAAGUUUCGGAGAAGGACUUGCAUCAUUUUGUCACUUUUUAUUCUAUUUAUUUUCUCUAUGAUGAUGGGUUUAAAAACUCUGAGACCAAAUACAGCUACGUUUGGAGAUCCUUUUGGACUUGACCUCUUUCCAGACCUUCGUCAACGAACCGUUCACUUGGGGGAAAAAAUUGAUUCCCAAAAGAGCGACAAAGUCAACAGUGAAACAAAUACCAAGAGUUUAAAAAGUGUCGAAAUCAUUAUGAAACCUUCCAAAGCCUCUGAACAUAAUCUGGAAGAACUGCCACCUCUGAAUUAUUAUUUACAUGUAUUUUAUUACAGUUGGUAUGGAAAUCCACAGUUUGAUGGUAAAUAUGUACAUUGGAACCAUCCAGUUUUGGAGCAUUGGGAUCCUAGAAUAGCCAAGAAUUAUCCACAAGGAAAACACAGUCCCCCAGAUGACAUUGGCUCUAGCUUUUAUCCUGAGUUGGGAAGUUACAGCUCUCGGGAUCCUUCUGUCAUAGAAACUCAUAUGAAACAAAUGCGUUCAGCUUCAAUAGGUGUACUAGCCCUGUCUUGGUACCCACCUGAUUCAAGUGAUGAAAAUGGGGAACCUACUGAUGACUUGGUACCAACUAUUUUGGAUAAAGCUCAUAAAUAUAAUCUGAAGGUCACUUUUCACAUAGAACCAUAUAGUAAUCGAGAUGAUAACAACAUGUACAAAAAUGUCAAGUACAUUAUAGACAAAUAUGGAAAUCAUCCAGCCUUUUACAGGUAUAAGACUAGGACUGGCAACACUCUUCCUAUGUUUUAUGUCUAUGAUUCCUAUAUUACAAAGCCUGAAAAAUGGGCCAAUCUGUUAACCAUAUCAGGAUCUCAGAGUGUUCGCAAUUCUCCUUAUGAUGGAUUGUUUAUUGCACUUCUGGUAGAAGAAGAUCAUAAAUAUGAAAUUCUUCACAGUGGUUUUGAUGGAAUUUAUACAUAUUUUGCCACAAAUGGUUUUACUUAUGGCUCAUCACAACAGAACUGGGCUGGCCUAAAACACUUUUGUGAUAGCUACAAUUUAAUAUUUAUCCCAAGUGUGGGUCCAGGAUACAUAGAUACCAGCAUCCGUCCAUGGAACACGCACAACACUCGGAACCGAGUUAAUGGGAAGUAUUAUGAAGCUGCUCUGAAUGCUGCUCUUCGGGUCCGCCCCAGUUUAAUUUCUAUCACCUCUUUUAAUGAGUGGCAUGAAGGAACUCAGAUUGAAAAAGCUGUCCCCAAAAGAAACAGUAAUACAGUAUAUUUGGAUUACCGGCCUUAUAAACCAAGUCUUUAUCUAGAACUAACUCACAAGUGGUCUGAAAAAUACAGUAAGGAAAGAGCAGUUUAUGCAUUAGAUCAUCAGCCGCCUGUUUCUUAAUGCACUUAUUAAAGUUUAAUUAUUGAAGUCACUGAAUUUCAAUACAUUCCUUUUGUUUUGAGUUGUGGAAAGAAAAUUGUCCAAAUCAGUAUGUACUGUUACUGUUAUCUUUGAUGAAAAAGUAUGUACUCUUCAGAAGGGAUAAUAUUGUCAUUGUCAGCCUUCACAAUGUUGCCCUGAGGAAAUAUCUGAGAGAAAAGUUAAUGCAAACAACAUUCCCUAUAGUAUAAUUUGCUGCAUUUCUGACUGAUAUUGAAAUUCUGCUUUGAUGGCAAUUUAAUUUUGAUUUCACAGUAGCUAAAUGCCUGUAUUAGCACACAGGUAAAUCUUCCUUGUGUUCUGGGCCCAAAGAAAUAGGACUUUUUAUAUUUGGUCUAUCUCUAUGGAAUAAAUACCUAAAAAGCCUAAUGAUUUUGUGAUAAUGUACAUUUUAUUUCUAAUAUUUUUCCAAUGAUUCAGUCAUGUUUACUGUAUUAGUACUUAGGCUUUGGAUAACUCUCCAUUGAUGAAAUUCUUAUGAAAACUAAGAUUAUAUAUCUUGAGCCAUACUGUGAACCAUAUUGUUAGGAGGUUCUGCUUUUCUGCAUCACAAUAUGUAUCAUCAUUUGCAGAUUUUUGGUUACCUAUAGCAUGCUACCUUUUUGCAUGUUUAGAGUUUCUACUUUAUUAUGCUGAAUUCCAGAUUUUAGAUGCUGUGGAAAGUAUUUUUAUAAAAGUCAGUGACUGCUUCUUAAUUAUUAGGAAAACACAAUUGUUUCACAAUUAAUAUAAAGAUAUAAUGCCCAAAGUAUUUAGUAAUCUUUUUUAGGAUACCCUGUCUGUCUUUAAAUUGUUUAAUGUUAAUCAGAGACCAACUGUUACAUGAGAAAGAAAAGAAUCAUUGGAAUAUUUCUUUCUUAAAAUAUUUUAAGUUAUUUUAAAAAGUCAGGGAAAAUUUUCUCGCCAUUUUAGAUUUCAGGAACAUGGAACUGAAAGUUUUUUUGUGACUUAUUUAAUAUCACUCCUGAAGUUUGGCUUUUGAUUAAGUUACAUUUAAUAAUGAUGACAAUAAUAUUCAUUUAAAAGACAAUACUUUAAAUUCUUGUAUGUGAUAAUAUACCUCAAAAGUUUAUAUUUUCAUAGAACCUUUCAGGUUAAAACACUUCUGGCCAAUAGUUGUGUGCAAAUAUGACAAAUUAAUCACAUUUGCUAAAGAUGAAUCUCUUUUACUGUUAAUACUAGAGAAUAAUAAAAUGCACUAUUAUUAUAGUUAAUAUUCAAAACUAUAACUACAGUAAAAAUCUAAUAUAUGCUAUUACACAGAUAUUUCUUAGAUAUUUAAUUCUAUUAAAGAGAAGCAAUAAGAUAAUGCUAAAUAAUGCACAUAUAAUUCUUCAGAGCAUACAGAUAGUCAUUAGACACAAAUCAGCACUGGAAUUUAUCAUAAAAAAUCCCAUCAAACAAAGAAAUUUGUUUCUAAACAGGUUUUGAAAUAAAAUAGCAUGCUUUUGAAAAGCAGCAUGAUUGAUGUUACUCUAAACAUUUAUAAUUUCAGAAUUUGCUAUCCCUCAGAAAAUGAUCAGGUCACAGGAAAUUAGCACACCAGUAAUAAUCUGUUACUUUUCAGGGAAAACUUUAAGAAUAAAUCACUAUGCUAGUGACAGAACCAAGCCUCUUCUUGGGAUCAAUCAAACAUAUAAAACCUGUGGAUUUUUUUUCUUAUAUGCAGUUAGCCACUAUAUGUUAUUUAGGGAUAAACUUGAAUAAGUUCUACUUAAUCUUUUAUAAAAUAUCCUAUGUUAUUAAAACUUAGAGGAAUAGAUACUACAAAGGGAUUUUCAUAGUUGCUUACAUGGUACAUUUGAACCAACCAUGAUAGAAAAUUAAAUUUAUACAUAUUCCCGAGAUAAAGGAAAAAGGAGUAAAAACAGCAUCAGUAAUCCUCGACAUGGAUACCACCACACUUUCUAUAUUGUUCCCAUUGCAGACUUAGAUAAUACUUAUAGAACACUUUAUCUCUGAACUUCAUCACAUUUCCCCAACAUAUAACCCACCCAGCUAGUAGCAAUUAGGUAAAAAUAAAAUAAAGCAGAUUCUAUCUUGAUUACAGAAAGUCAAUCUUAAAGGAAAGAAUAUUUGGAAUCUGGUCUCAUAAUGGAUUGGUAGUUUAUAACUAUAUGAAUAUCAUGUUUUUUUUUCUUCUUUUUGAAAAGACAGUUAUUAGGAAGAAUUAUUUCUAAUAAUUUUGUUAAUUCUUAGGUAAGAAUGCUUUUGAAAUCUUCCUGAAGUAUUCAUUAUAGCACCCUUUACCAUUUGACUUGUAUCACAGUUUAGACCCUUUUCAUCACAAGUAAAUAUAAGCAAAGAAUUUAUUUCUUAAUUCAAAAACUAUGGGUCUUAAUUCAAUAAACUGAAAUAACUUUAAAAAGUAAAUGGUAUAAUAUAAUGCAAUAUAUAAAUCAUAAUGGAUUAUUUAAUAUAUUAUUCAUAUUUUAUGCUUUAAUCGAUUUAAUUGCUUUGACUGUAUGGAAACCAUAUCUUUACUGCUCCCUUUAAAGACUAAUAUUGUAAAAAACUACUGUUAUUAAAGUUUAUCUGAGUUGUGUGUUAACUUUGUUUUAUUUUAAGAGUGUAAUUAAUCAUAACAUGACUUGUUAUAUGGGCUAAAAUUUCAUCUAAUAAAA